UCAUGGUUCUUGAGUGCGGCGUUGGUGUGCCAACUCAGCUUUGGUUUUGUUCUUGUUCAGGCUUCGUGUGUGCAGUACCGUCUGGUGGUUCGGGAUGUGAGUACCCUCCAGAUCCUCCAGCUGUACACUUGCCUGGAUCAGAUCCAGUAUAUAGAAUGGUCGUCUGAUUCUCUGUUUGUAUUGUGUGCCAUGUACAAGCGAGGGAUUGUUCAGGUCUGGUCCUUGGAGCAGCCGGACUGGCACUGUAAGAUAGACGAGGGGUCAGCAGGAUUGGUGGCUUCAUGCUGGAGUCCGGAUGGUCGUCACAUUCUCAAUACAACUGAGUUCCAUCUGCGGAUAACCGUGUGGUCCUUGUGUACAAAAUCUGUGUCUUACAUAAAGUAUCCCAAAGCUUGUCAGCAGGGGAUAGCUUUCACUAAGGAUGGCCGCUACAUGGCAGUAGCAGAAAGACGUGACUGCAAGGACUUCAUUAGCAUCUUUGUAUGCAGCGACUGGCAGCUACUGAGGCAUUUUGAUACUGAAACGCAAGAUCUGUUUGGGAUUGAAUGGGCUCCUAAUGGCUGUGUUCUGGCAGUGUGGGAUACAUGUCUGGAGUAUAAAAUAUUGCUGUACUCCCUUGAUGGCAGACUGCUAUCCACGUAUCGGGCUUAUGAAUGGUCCCUAGGCAUAAAAUCAAUUGCCUGGAGUCCUAGCAGUCAAUUUUUGGCAAUUGGCAGCUAUGAUGAAAAGGUGCGUAUCUUGAACCAUGUAACUUGGAAGAAGAUCACAGAGUUUGAGCAUCCAGCAACCAUUGUUAACACCAAGACUAUUGUGUAUAAAGAAGUGGAGAAAUCCCCAUCUGUUGAAACAGAGAGACUUUCUUUCCCUCCAACAAGAGCAUUGGCUAGUUCUCUCUUCAGCAUGCAAAGUAAAUAUGACAUUUCCCAGGUGCCAGUUUCUUUGCAGUAUAUCAAGCCAGUUGCUGACAGGGCAAAUCCCAAAAUGGGAAUUGGGAUGAUGGCAUUCAGUCCUGAUAACUGUUUCCUCGCAACCAAAAAUGAUAACAUUCCUAACACUGUCUGGAUCUGGGACAUUCAAAAGCUGAAACUGUUUGUAGUCUUAGAGCAGCUGUGUGCGAUCCAAUCUUUCCAGUGGGAUCCACGACAACCCCGACUUGCUGUAUGUACAGGAAAUAGCAAACUCUACUUAUGGUCCCCAGCUGGCUGUGUGUCAGUGCAGGUUCCAGUGGAAGGUGACUUCCAGAUCGUCUCUCUCUCCUGGCAUUCUAGUGGAGACUCCAUGGCACUUCUGAGUAAGGACAGCUUUUGUGUGUGUUACUUAGAAAGAGAAGAGGUAAAAUAACAAUCAUUUGCAUUAAAAAUGCUC